GUAAAACAGAUUGUGGGAUUUUAUGGAGUGAGUGGUGUUAUAUCUGUCAAUUUUAUGAAGAUAAAAACGUAAAUGUGUGAAAUUGAGGAUUUUUCUGUUGAGCAUAAGGAUAUUUAUACCCAUAAAUAUUCGUUGUGCUCAGACAUGGAUUUAUAUAUCACCGACUCUCUCCAGGACAUGCUGGACAUGGACAUAAAGAAUGAAAUAGCAACAGAUCUCAGCAGUAUAUCAGACUUUACUGAUUCGUUGGGAAUGAAUUUCGCUGAGAUGCCCCCUUUGUUAGAUGUUGAUGCUGAUACAUCAGCCACAUGGUUAAACACUACUUCUAGCUUUGUACACAAUUUAGAUUUAUACGGAUCGGAAGCAAAUGCUGUUAUGGUAAAUCCUAAUUCAGUAAUGCCUUCAACAUUUGCCGACACUCCAGUCAAAAGUAUUGUUAAAGAGGAAGCGUCGAAUUUGUUGUUAACAUCAGCAGCAAACAACGAUUUGAGUACAAAUACGUCACUACCUAGUCCAAAAGAAGAAAAAAGUCAUUUAACAUUUUCACCAAACGCAAUCAAGGUACCAAAAUUACAAGAACCGGAAACAGAACCCACGACAAAAAAGCAUUUAGAAGAAGCCACGCAAAUGGUCAUAUAUGUUCGUAAACAAGAAAAGAAUGUUGUUAAGGAUUUAUUAAGAGAUUUAGAUAAAUCGAAAGUAAUAAAUACAACACCAACGGUGCGAAUAAAAACACAACCUGAAGUGUUAAAAGUUAAUAGUAAAAAUUGUUCUAUUUUAAAUACUAACCAAAAAGUUACUCAACAUAUAGGAACGAAGACUAUUAUUUCUGGUAAUAUACAUAUUUUAGACGCCCAACAAUCUAGGACAAUUCUAGCAAAUGGUAAUAAGAAUCAAGCGACGAUACUGAUUGAUAACUCGUCAUUAAAUAACAGUAGACAAUUAUUAAAAACCAGUAGCACAUUUACUGUUGAUACAAGUCAAACCAAAUUUAUUAACACUAGUAAAGGUACAACCGGUAGCGGAGAAUUCCCCAAGCCUGCUUACUCUUACUCCUGUUUAAUAGCAAUGGCGCUUAAAAAUUCACGAACGGGUAGCUUACCCGUAUCAGAAAUUUAUAAUUUUAUGUGCCAACACUUUCCUUAUUUCAAAACGGCACCAAACGGGUGGAAGAAUUCCGUACGACAUAAUCUUAGUUUAAAUAAAUGUUUUGAAAAAAUUGAAAAGCCAUCUACGAACGGAAGUCAAAGGAAAGGUUGCUUAUGGGCUAUGAAUCCUUCAAAAGUAGGAAAGAUGGAUGAAGAAGUCCAAAAAUGGUCGAGGAAAGAUCCCCAAGCGAUAAAAAAAGCGAUGGUUUAUCCAGAGAGUUUAGAGGCCCUUGAACGGGGAGAGAUGAAGUACAGUGGAGCCAGUGCCGACGCUGAUGUGGAUGACGAUGGCGACGUUGAUGCCGAGGCUGAACUUGAUGCCGACGUAGAAAUAGACCCAGAGAUCAAGGAGGAGGUCGAAGAAGAAGAAACUGUCAUUGAACAGGAGUUGUCAGAUCAAGAAUUGGAAGUGGAGGAAGUGGUUGAAGGCACGGGUAUGGUGGGAGGAACGUACAGACUGCUAGCCACGGGGCCCUCCGCACUGGCUUCAUACAUUACUGAUGCCGACUCGAACGACGACCUCAGCGAUGUCGAGGUGCUAGAUCAUUCCUAUGAAGAAAUUGAUAUCGAUGUUACAAAACCUGUCAAACUAGACUUAUCUUUAACGGAAAAUUAUACAAUGCAUUCAGCUAAGCGGGCUAAGACGAGUUUUGUUUACCAACCAAUGACGACACAAUCGCAUACGAGCAGACGAAAAACGCCAUUGGUCAACCGAGUUGCACUUAUGUAAGACAUUUAACUAUAGACAACUAUGUGUUAAGUUUUUAAAAUUGUGAUCGCAAGACGGGGGUCAAUGAUAAAUAUAAGUUUCCAGUGAUUGUUCCAUUAAAAUUUAAAUAUAAAAAAUAAAAAACGACUAAAUUUUGUAAUUUUAGUAUUUGUGAAGUUCACGUUCGUGAGGUUUCGAACGCGAUAGUCUGUACCAGAUAUGUGUAUUUACUUUUUUACCGAAUCGGGAC